AUGAUCUUCCCCAGAAAACCCCUCCCCUACAGUGCUACCGUUGCCACAUGGAUCAUCUGUUCCCUGUGGAUCUCUCAGAUUGCCAAUGCAGCUCCACUGCCCCAGUCCUCUACCGACACAGCUAGCCCGACUAAUAACACCUUGAUUGAUCCCUUCUCAACCCCGUCCUAUCUGGCGCCCUCGAAGUUUACAUGGGAGCAAGGCAUCUAUGGCAUCUUGUUCAUAUUCUUUGGUGGAGUCGAGCUUUUGCAUGGAUACAAAUACAUUCGCUUCACAAUGCUCGUGGCAGGAUUCCUCGUCUGGGCGAGUACGGCCGUGAUGAUCAUGCUUAUCACGAACAUUAGCACUGGAAUAUACCAGUCCACGACAGUGUACUUUGUUGUCUGGUUUUUCAUCGGCAUCGCCGGAGCAAUCGUUUCGUUCUACCUCUGGCAUGUCGGCAUCAUCUUGACUGGUGCCUACGGAAUGUUUGUGGUGGUCGCCGUAGUCUUUACAGCAGGAAACGUGACAAACUAUAUCUUCCGCUAUACUGUUCUCGCGAUCUGCGUCGUCGCCGGCGGAUAUCUCACCAAGCGGUACGAGCGCAUGGCUGUGAUCCUGGCUACGUCCCUUGGUGGGGCGUACUGCAUCAUGUUUGGACUGGACAUGUUUGUUCAGGACCAAUUCAGAACCACGUUCCAUGUGAUGCUCUCCCAAUCGAGCGCUGCGUUCUACCCGACCGCAGGCACCUGGGUCAUGAUCGCCUGUGUACCCAUCAUUGCGGCCUUUGGCGUCGUCUGGGAAUUGAAGCAUCAUGAGGAGCCCGUCGGAAGCUGGUGGUUCGGCCAGGGCGCAAAGCCGUUGCCUCCACUCCCGGGUGAGAAGCCUCCAAGACGAUGCUGUGGCUGCUUGCUCUCGAGAUCCGCAAAGGCUGCCGCUACUGCGGAGAAAUCCAAGGUAUCGGAUCCGACGGCCGCGCUGACAGACAUGUCAGCCAACUUUGGCAGUGAUACCACGCUGGUGCCACCUCCCGCAAAGUCCAGAUCCCACUGGGCAUGUUGUUUCCCACUGCGUUCGAAGAAGGGCCAGGGGGAUGGGAAGAAGCCUGUUGAUACGACAUCGGGACCUAGUUCAUCUACCUCUGAGACCGCGCCCCACACGCCGACUUCAGGCGAGGUUAUGGAGGAGAAACUGAUUUCUUCCUCUCCUGCGUCUGAGGGCUCUAGUCCACCAUCACCGCCGGAGAAGGCGUAUAUUGGACACGAGACCAUUGGCCACACUGGGGUUCGAAAGGUGGUGAUCCAGCGCGAGGAGCGCGAGUUCAGCUUGGAGGUUGACGAGCGAUUGUGA